GUGGCGAAUCCAUUCCACCAAACCGCCAAGGAAUAGUAGAAAAGCCAGAUGCAGAAAGAGCGGAAGGCAUGAUAUUAUUUCGAUCAUAUGCCAGCCCUGAAUGCCCUCUAACCUCGAGUGUCUGCGCAAGGCUUUACUGCGAGGGAAUAGCUAGCAUAGAACAAACAGUUGACUCGAACGAUCCAUGGAUCGAUGCUGAAGGCUUCCGCCUGAUGGUGAUAAGGAUGGAUUGGAUUGAUUCUAGUUUAUCUUCUUCCAACUGUGGGAGAAUGGCGAUCAGAAAAGCUGUCAAGAUAGCGGAAAACAGUGCCGCCUGCAUAAACUCAA